CAGCUCAAAGCCUUGCUCUGCUUUUGUGCUGCUGUGGGAUCGCGACUCAGGCAUCAGCAAAGUUGUGCAGGGGGAGCGCUGGAGCCUGGAAGCAAUUUACCGAGACAGUGAGAUAAUCGCCAGUUCUUCUGUUUUAUGAUCUGUGACAUGGCUGUAUUUGGAAGGGUUACUUGUGUGGAAAGCAUGUUCUUACUCUUCGUGACCCACUGCCAAAUGUCUGCACUGUGGUGGAAAGCAUGAAAAUACUAGUGCGUCCAAGUGGCUAGAAAAAAGUACUUUAAAAAAAACAACCGUGUUCUUGGAAAUGGCAGAGCCAUUUUUGCUGACUUUGACUACAUUUUGUAAGAUGAAGAACAGAAAGCAAUGUAUUCAAGACACUGAGGAUCAGACUUAUGAAGACAUGGAAGGUGAAGAAAACGAGGAAAGUUGUUCCUGUUCUACAUUAUUGUAUGAUGGCAACACGUGCCCCAUCUGUCUGAACUGCCUUCUAGAACAAGAGAUUGGGUUUCCUGAGAACUGCAGUCACACCUUCUGCAUGACUUGUAUUCUUAAAUGGGCUGAGAUAAAGGCUUCAUGUCCUGUUGAUCGCAGACCAUUUCAAGCAGUGUGCAGGCUGGAUGCAUUGGAUAAGCUGAUAAAGGUUCAGGUUACAAAACAACUAAGGAGGAAGGAAGAAGAGGAAAACUGUGCCUGCAAUAAGGAAACUUACAGCCGUGUGAAGAUGAGAAGUUUUGUGAGAAGAGCUGUAUGUCCAGACAGAGGGCCAGUAACAAUAAAAUUGAGCAGAAUUGUGAAGAAAAAAUACAGUAAUAUUUUGCAUGACAAACAAAACAAGAAAGCUUUCUCUGUGAAGAUAAACAAGGUUGGUUCUGAUAAGGAAACAUUUCCCAGAAGACAGACCUGCUGGAAUGAGCGCAUCAGAACUAAUUUCUUCAGCACACUUCUGGCUGGUGGUAGCAGUGAAGAAUCCUUUUUUAGCUGUAGAAAUGACUGUACAGAAUUCACAGAAAUCAAUUCAGGGAUCAGACAGAAGAGACAAGAACUGGAAUUGUCCUGUUCAUCUCUGAUUGCUAGAGUUGAAAGUGUUCCUUUAAUAUCUUAUGGAGCUGAAGCUGAGACCUUUCUUCUCACUUCUUCUGCAGUGGCUGGAAGAGUUCUUCCAACAAAUAUCAGGCCUUUGGAAAACUUUGGUAAACUUUUUUUUUGCAAAGGAUAUGCUGUUGCAUGUACCCAAGAAGGGGAAGAGAAAAAGGAAGCUUCUGGUUCAUCUGGCACUAGAGGAAGUAGGAGGAAAUCAGUUGCUACUACUCCUACGAGAAGGUCUGCACGAAACAGCAAAAACGAGGCUCUGACUCAGUCUCGGAGCUCCCCUCGAUCAAGCAGUUCUGCUUGCAGUGCCCCUGAAAGCAGUAACCCAUCUCUGAAUAAAACUCAUUCAGAAGCAGAGAAUACUCCUCCAAAACGCAGGUCUAAAAGAGCAGUUAAACAACAAGCACCUGCAGUUAAAAAGAAACUUAGAAGUUCUGCACAUUCUGAAAAAUCACCCUGUGGUUCAGUGGAAGAUGAUGACAUUGCUGAGCCUGAAGUUGUCUUAACUUUAGAUAAAGACCACCAGUCAGAUAAUGAAAGCAAUAAUGCAAGCCUCCCACAGAAGAAUAAUGUAGAAACAGAAUCUGCUAAUGGAUUGGAAAGCUGUAGUGAGCAUGCAGAAACCGAGGAAACUACAGGAGAAUGUGACAGAGAUGAAUACACUUCAGGCAAUGCAGAUGUUAGUUUUUCUCUCCAAGAACUCCCAAUACUAACUUUAGGAAGUGAGAGUCAGGAAUUUAAAGUAAAAGAUGUUACUGAAAACAAGGCAGAUCUUGGCAGUCAGGACAAUUGUGAAAAUACUCUUGAAGAAGUGGAAACAGUAGCUAGUCCCAAAGAUGAUGUAUGUGACCAUGCAACUUCUGAAAAAGUAGAUCAGACAUCAUGUAGUCCUCAAAAAGAAUUAAUGGAGAACACAGAAACUUUGACAAAAGUAGAUGAACCCAUAGCUAGUCCAGAAAAUGAAUUGUUGGAACAUUUGGAACCUCUGGGAAAAGAUCAGCCAUUGGAGAGCCCUGGAAGUGAAUUGCCUGAGCAUCCUGAAACCAUGGAAACAGAUAAUUCUGAGACUGAACUAAAACCAGUAGUAGACUGUGCAAAUACAAAACCUGUUCAAGAUGAAGAACCAGAUGCAUUAAUACACAGUAUUUCUGUGGACAGUACAUCAGAACAGCCCUUAAAAGAGGACACCAUUUCAGAAAGUGAAGAGGGUGGAGCUUCAGAGUCUUCCCCAGUAAAUGCUGAACAUAAACAUUUUGGUGAAGAUAAUAAUGAAAUGAUACCAAUGGACUGUGACUCAUUUUGCAGUGACCAGAAUGAACUGAAGAUUGAGCAGUUAGUACCACCUGAAAGUACAGAGCAAGGAGAAGUGAACUCCGUACAGUGUGAUGUGGGAAACUGUGUAUCAGGUUCUGAUGAAAAAGAUGAAACUGUUCCUCAAGCAAGAGAGUGCCAGCCAGAGCUCAAAACAGAGAAAAAGGCUCGAACUAGAAGAUCUAGAUUUCAUUCUCCAUCGACAACUUGGUCUCCUUCUGGGAGAGAGGGCAGGAAAUCUCAAUCACCAUCCCCUAAAAGGGAGACAACUGGAGACAGGAGCUCACAAUCACCUAAGAAGGUAAUUGUGAAGGAGGGAAGGAGAUCCUUAUCUUGUUCUCCAAAGAGAGAGACACUCAGAGAUGAGAAAAAACCACCAUCUCGAUCUCCCAAAAGGGAAACUGUCAGGGAAAGCAGGAGAUCAUCUUCUCGAUCACGAACUAAGGAUUCAUCUCCAAGGCGAAAAUCUAGGUCUCGAAGCAGUGAUAGAGAUAAUCAAAGAAGAGAUCGUGACAGAGAAAGAAGAAAUAGGAAGUGGUCUAGGUCACAGUCACGCUCUAGGUCAAGAUCACGAUCUAGGACUAGAAAUAAAGGCUCUUCAUUCACUAGAAAUGAGAGGGAAAGUCAUUCACCUCGAUGGAAAGAGAGAUGGGGAAAUGACAGCUGGAGAAGUCCCAGAGGAAAUGAUCGAUACAGGAGAAGUGAUCAAGAGAAACAGAAUGAAAAUCUUAAAAAAGAGAAGGACAAUAUUACAGAAAAAAGCAAUGAUGAUCAAUGUUCUUCAGAUAAGCAGAGAAAUGAUUGUCCAGACUGGGUAAUGGAGAGGAUAAACUCUGUUCCUGAAGUCAGGAACAGAGAGAGAGAGAAACCACAUUGGGAAGAAGGCAGGCAUGACAAUGGAGGACAGUCUUGGAAUAAAAACUUUGGUUCAAGUUGGAUUCCAAAUCGAGGGAGAGGUCAGCGUGGCCGAGGUGGCCAUGGCCGAAGCGGUUUCAUGUAUGGAGACCAGAGUGAAAGUCACUGGCAAAACAGAAAACCUCUCUCAGGGAACUCAGAUGGUUCUGGGAGUGAAGCUUCAAGGUUCUCAGAACAGCAGCCAUGCAAGCGUAAGAAUGAGCAAGAGUAUUCGUUCGAUACACCCGCUGACAGGUCUGGGUGGACAUCUGCGUCCAGCUGGGCUGUGAGGAAGACUUUACCUGCUGAUGUGCAGAACUAUUAUUCCAGAAGGGGACGCAAUUCAUCAAGCCCACAGUCUGGAUGGGGAAUGAGACAAGAAGAGGAAACACCUGAACAAGAUCCAAACCUCAAAGAUCAAGGCAACCAGCAAAAUGAUGGCUCUCAGUUACCAAUAAAUAUGAUGCAGCAACAAAUGAAUGUAAUGCCACAAGUGAAUGCACAGCACCAACCUAUGAACAUCUUCCCGUAUCCAGUGGGUGUCCAUCCUCCCUUGAUGAAUAUGCAACGAAAUCCUUUCAACAUCCACCCUGCAAUGCCCAUGCAUCUCCCUACUGGAGUGCCUCUCAUACAGGUAGCUGCUCCCACAAAUAUUUCUCAGGGAUUACCUCCGCCUCCACCUCCACCCCCACCAUCUCAACAAGUCAACUACAUUGCUUCACAGCAAGAUGGAAAACAAUUGCAGGGUAUUCCAAAUGCUUCUCAUGUAAGUAACAGCAUGAGUGCUCCAGCUUUGCCUGCUCCAGCAGCAGUCCUGGGAAACGUGGGAACAGUUCAGGGACCAAAUUCGGGUAAUGCAACGUCAUCAGGUCACAUGAAGAGCUCUAAUGCAGCUGUAAAAUUGGGAGAAAACAAAGGAAGUGUAACAGUGGAAGCCAGUGCAGAUAGCUCGAAGAAGGACCAGAAAUUGUUAAUUCAAGAAAAAGCAGCACAAGAGGUCAAGCUUGCAAUCAAACCUUUCUACCAAAACAAAGAUAUCACUAAGGAGGAAUACAAAGAAAUUGUGAGGAAAGCUGUAGAUAAAGUUUGUCAUAGCAAGAGCGGAGAAGUUAAUUCUGCAAAAGUGGCAAAUCUAGUGAAAGCGUAUGUAGACAAAUACAAGCAUUCACGGAAGAAAAAUCCUGAAGAGGCAGUCUCCUGUGAAAGGAAAUAGAAUAUGUUUUCAUUUUUUAGUUUUAUUCUAUAUGCAAAGUGCAAUUUCAAUGUGAACUGUUAACUGAAAAUUGUACAUGACAGUGAUUUGAAUUUGGUUUUGAUAAAACUAUUUUUCAAGGUAGUGUAUGAUGUUUUGUUCUAAAGAAAUAUAGAUCUGCAGAGCAACUUCUUUAUUCCUUUUUAAAAACAGAUUUCUAAAAAGAAUACAGGUGUAAAGAAGAAUCAUUAGGAAUGUACGCUUGUGUGGAUACUUAGAUGUACAGCAUUUUGACUUGAAUAAGAGAGUGCAUUAACUUAGAAACUUCGAGUACGUUGGGUUUGGAACAGGUAUGUACAGUACAUGUGAUCAGUCAGAUUAAAGUAAAAUUUUUCUUUUGAUUGCUCCCUAAUUAUAGCAAAGGUGAAAUAAUUCAUUGCCUUGACAAAUAUUUCUACUGUUAACUGGACAGGCUGAAUGCAGGGGUCACAAUGUGUAUAUUAAAAAAGCACAUAGAGUUGUCUGAACACAACUGUUAGAUUUCAAAAAGAAAAGUCAUAAACAGUAAAAUGGGGUGCCCAAAAGCAUGGGUGCUGCACAGCUGUUGUAACACCAAAUAAAAAUUAUGCUGCUUGGUA